UGUAGUUCGACCUGCUUAGCGUUGGCUGUUCCCACUCUCCGGCUGCGCGCACGAGCGUCUGUUAUCUUCGGUCCUGAGUCUGUGGGGUGCAAUGACUGUUACGUCUCUUCGCAUUCCGACGGGGGCCCCCAGUGUCCCAGGCCGCCUAAACUACAGUUCCCUAGCGUCCGAUUAGGAUCGCCUCAGGGACUCAACUCCAAAUUCAGGUUUAAACAUCUGGAGCUAUCGUCUGCUCCCUCCUGCCUGGGGUGUCCUCAAGACCAAAACCAGACGGGUUGAGUGAGGCGGGGCUGCCCGGCCACGCGGAGGGCUGCACACAGUAGGCCCCUCAGCCUUGCCCGCCACGGGCGGCUGCUAACCCGGCAGUCGGCGGCGGCCGUGCGCAUGCGCGGCGCGGCGGCGCAGUUUCCGCAGCAGAGCAGGCAGCUCCGGCGCUGCGUCCAGAUCGCUCGUGUCGGGCCGACGCUCGUUUCCUCGCUCGGUGCUCGGCCUCCGCUGGCGACCGGCGACCCCUCCGCAGCUCGAGUCCCCGGCCGCCGCAGCGCGCCUAUCCCCGGCCCCCUGUCCCGCGAAGAUGGCUGCCGUACGCCGGGCCCGCAGUUACUGCCGCUGCUUGGUGCGCUUCUCCGACCGAGAACUCUGCUAAGCCCCGCUGCAGCAGACGGACAGGAGUAGACACCAGGCAGCCGCCACCCCUCUGGGAGCCGGGCGCGGGGAGCCCCUCGAUUGGGCCGGUCGCCCGCCAGCAUGGCAGAAGCGGAGGAAGAUUGUCAUUCUGAUGCCGUCAGCGUUGGUGAUGAUGAAAAUGAGAGCCCUGCGGAGAGAGACCUGCAGGCACAGCUCCAGAUGUUCAGAGCUCAGUGGAUGUUUGAACUUGCCCCAGGCGUAGGUUCUAGUAAUUUAGAAACUCGGCCUUGCAGAGCAGGAAGAGGCUCCAUACUGAAAGCAGCUGCAGACACCAAAGGAAGGCAGGAACUGGCAAAGGAAGAAACGGCUCGAGAACUCUUCCUGAAAGCAGUAGAAGAAGAACAAAAUGGAGCUCUCUAUGAAGUUAAGAAGACAAAAAUUGGGCACAGUAGUGCAUGCCUGCAGCUGGAAGAUCCUUGCAGGCCAUCAAGUUUCUACCGUAGAGCUAUGCAACUUGUACUGACUAUUGAGUUCAAGAUUACUUAUACCCGGUCUCCAGAUGGUGAUGGCGUUGGAAACAGCUACAUGGAAGACAGCGACGAUGGCAGCAAGAUGGCAGAUCUCUUGUCGUACUUCCAGCAGCAGCUCACAUUCCAGGAGUCUGUGCUCAGACUUCAGCCUGAGCUUGGAGACCAGUCAACUCACAUAUCAGUCCUGCCUAUGGAGGUCCUGAUGUACAUCUUCCGAUGGGUGGUUUCAAGUGACUUGGAUCUCAGAUCGUUAGAGCAGUUGUCACUGGUGUGCAGAGGAUUCUAUAUCUGUGCCAGACCCCUGAAAUAUGGCGUUCUGGCUUGCUUGCAAGUGUGGGGCAGAGGCUAUGAACUCGUCCCGUACUCAUCCUGGAGAGAGAUGUUUUUAGAACGGCCUCGUGUUCGCUUUGAUGGCGUGUACAUCAGUAAAACCACAUAUAUCCGCCAGGGAGAGCAGUCUCUGGAUGGUUUCUAUAGAGCCUGGCACCAAGUGGAAUACUACAGGUACAUAAGAUUCUUUCCCGAUGGCCAUGUGAUGAUGUUGACAACCCCUGAGGAGCCUCAGUCCAUUGUUCCCCGUUUAAGAACUAGGAACACCAGAACGGAUGCAAUUUUGCUGGGUCAUUAUCGCUUGUCACAAGAUGCAGACAAUCAGACCAAAGUAUUUGCUGUACUAACUAAGAAAAAAGAAGAGAAACCACUUGACUAUAAGUACAGAUAUUUUCGUCGUGUUCCUGUGCAAGAAGCAGAUCACAGUUUUCAUGUGGGGCUGCAGCUGUGUUCCAGUGGCCACCAGAGGUUCAACAAACUCAUCUGGAUCCACCACUCUUGUCACGUUACAUACAAAUCAACUGGUGAGACUGCAGUCAGUGCUUUUGAGAUUGACAAGAUGUACACCCCCUUGUUCUUCGCCAGAGUGAGGAGCUACACCGCGUUCUCUGAAAGGCCCCUGUAGAGCCUCGCCAGCAUGCCGCUGCUGCAUGAGCAGAGCCAAGCGCCAGAAUCCCUAAGUUAUAUGUACAUACAUGGAGUUGGAACUAUUUUAAGUUGUUGGAAUUCCUUUAAGAAGAGCAUAAAUUAUUUUUUUUAUUUAAAGGGUAGUUGAUUCCUGGGGUAAUUUGUUUUGAAAUUAGAAGUUGUUAAGUCCAUUUAUGUUGUAGUAAACUGUAAUGUGGGGUUUUAAAUCAUGUUUUCAAGCAGGUUUCUGAGCAGAUCUGCCAUGUACACCCACACCCUCGCAUACGUCAGGGAGCACACUGGAUAGUACCUAUUCCCGCAUGACCUGUGUCCUUGAAUCAGACUCGGAAUGCGAAACCUGGUCUGGAUUUGUUUGAAGCUGUUCAAUAAAGAUCGCAAAUGUUUCUUUCAA